AUGUCCAUUGCUAUCGUAACAGUGUAUAUUUUUUGCUGGUUUCCUUACUCUUUAAUCUUUUUAAUCUUACAGCCUCAGGACACUUUCACGCAUUUCUCGUGUAGUUUCUGGAUAUAGUAUGAAGUCGCCAUUUAUAUGACUGACGCGUACUGUGCUAUCAACCCAGUUAUCUGUUUCAUGUUUAGCAGUAAUUACCGAAAAGCUCUUAAAAGACUCAAAAAAUGUUCUUUUGUACGGGCGUAG